AGAGAAGGGAGACUACCUGAGGGAGUUCCCAAAGGGGGAAGGAGUAAGGGGUGACCUAAAGGAGGAUGAGAGGAAGAAGAGUAGGGGUGUUCUCUGAAGGAGGAAGAGACGGACUGAAAUAGGAGAGGAGGGAGCCUCUUGAGGGAAAAGGUGCUACUCGUUCUCAGGAGACCCAAGUCUAGUUUCCUGAAGGGACCAGAGACCAUGUCAUGGAUCAGGGAAGGAGAGCUUACACUCUUAGAGCGGUUCUGUGCCAACAUCAUUAAGGCAGGCCCGAUGCCCAAGCACAUUGCGUUCAUCAUGGACGGGAACCGCCGCUACGCCCAGAAGUGCCAGGUGGAGCGACAGGAGGGCCAUACGCAGGGCUUCAAUAAGUUGGCCGAGACCCUGCGUUGGUGUUUGAACCUGGGCAUCCGAGAGGUGACUGUAUAUGCCUUCAGCAUUGAGAACUUCAAACGCUCAAAGAAUGAGGUGGAUGGGCUAAUGGAGCUGGCCAGGCAGAAAUUUACUCGAUUGAUGGAAGAACAGGAGAAGCUGGAGAAGCAUGGGGUGUGUAUCCGAGUCCUGGGUGAUCUUCAGUUGUUGCCCCUCGACCUCCAGGAGCUGAUUGCAAAAGCUGUUCAGGCCACCCGAAACUAUAGCAAGUGUUUCCUGAAUGUCUGCUUUGCCUACACAUCCCGACAUGAAAUCAGCAAUGCUGUGAAAGAAAUGGCAUGGGGAGUAGAGCAAGGUUUACUGGAUCCCAGUGAUGUGUCAGAGUCUCUACUCGAUAAGUGUCUCUACACCAACAACUCCCCCAAUCCGGACAUCCUGAUACGGACUUCGGGGGAAGUGAGGCUGAGUGACUUCUUGCUCUGGCAGACGUCUCACUCUUGCCUGGUGUUCCAGCCCAUCCUCUGGCCAGAAUACUCCUUCUGGAACCUCUGCGAAGCCAUCUUGCAGUUCCAGAUGAACCACAGCAUGUUGCAGAAGGCCAGAGAGAUGUAUGUGGAGGAACGAAAGAAGCAGCAGCUGGAGAGUGACCAGGCCGCAGUGACAGAGCAGCUGCUCCGGGAAGGCUGUGGGCCCAGUGGGGACAGCCAGCUUCGGCUCAUUCUCUUGCACAAACGAUCAUCAGGACGGGAGGAACGUGUCCAGGGCUUCCUGCAGGCUCUGGAGCGAAAACGUGAAGAGUGGCUGGCACGGCUGGGCACGACAUCAGCGUGAGAGGGCAGACGUCCCGCUACGUGUUCCUGCUCGCUGGCUGAGGGCCUGAUCCAGCAUUCCUGAGAAGAGUCAACUUGAGUUUUGAUAAUGAGAUUUGCUGUAAUCCUGGGAACAGGUGCAGUGAGGAUUGGGCCUUUCUGCCCAGCUAGAUUCUUUGUCAAUUGAUGCUCUUUGUCCAACCCCCACAGAGGGGAUGGUUCGGGCUGACAGACAGUGAAUGUCUUCCUUGUGGCACACUGUAGCUAUCUUAGUACCCAUGGGCAACUUGGUGAGCAUCAGGUCCUAAAGUCAGCCUGUUCCUCCAGACCUGUUGCCUCCUGAGCUGCUGGUAGCCAACAACCAUCAUCCCUUCCCUUGGUAUGGGGCUUUUUAAUAUAUGGUUGGUUGGAUGUAGAGCACUUCCUCACUCCAGAAAGCGCUCAGCACAGCCCGCCACCCCACUACCCCCGUGCCUCUGUUUUCCUCACUGCAGGUUUAGUUGGCUUUGCCUUUGACGGCAGAAAGCUGGGGAUCGUUUGGAGGGCGGGGUCAGGAGGAGAUGGAAGGCUAGCCAUCUUCCCCUCGUGAGCAUUUCCACCUGAGUGCUACUGUUGGAUCUUGCCCCACUCCUGGCUUGUCAGGCAGCCCUGAUUGCUCUGCUGAAAACCUGGGCUCCUCCAAUGGUGGAACUAGGCCUGUGAUGACAAUCCAAUUACCUAUUGUUGACUCAGCCCACACACACUUUUCUCAGGCAGGGUCAUGAGGCCAGCCUCUCAUCCCUGCCAGAGCUGGUCCUCUUGGCUAACUGGGAAGAACCAGUAUGUCCAUUUGGCUGGGACUCCCCUGCCAUUGGACAUAUUAAGGCCAGCAAGCAAGGAUACCUCUUCCCUGUUGGCUCUGAUAUCCACCUCCCUUGGCCUCAUUGAUAAGCACAGCUCAUGUCUGACCCAUCUUGGAAAAGCUCCACUUGGUAGCAGUUCUCUCUUUCAACCUUAGUGGGGUGGACUCCACAGUAUGAACCAGAGGGAAGGGUCAGGGGCUGUGUCCUUCCUUUCGCUCUCCUUGCCCUACCAGGACCCACAAAGCUGCUCAGAGGAUUACCAGCUUGGCCCCUUGGAGGCUUUGAAAGGGGCUGUCUUGCCUGAGCUCCUGUACUUCAGGUGCUUGGGAUAGCAGCAAAAGCUGUAAGGCUGUAAUCCCAUCCUGAUGCCAGACACUCUUGUUCCUUCCAGACUAUUUCCCAUCAGCCUGUCAAUGGGUGUCUUUUCUUUCCAGUUAUUUAGCCUUCAAGUAUCUUUACUGUCAUGGACACUUUUGGAAUCAGGCAUUUCCUCCAGAAAUAUUAAGGCUACUAGCCACUACCUUUCCCCACCCCCACCCCCCAGACUUAGUGUUGGCACUAAGGGUUCCCAUCGAGCAGGUGCUAUGUAUUUCCCAGCUUUAAAAUGGGGCUGUUGACAGCUUUAAUUAGGGAGCCAUGAAUUAUAAUGCUAUAAUUUGGAGCCCUACAAUUAAGCUAGAACAAGGGGCUGGAGGCAAUGAACAGAAUUGGCCUCUAGAUGAGCUUGACUGACAUGAAGAAUAGUGCAGUCCUGUUUCUCGACCUGCCUAGAUCGGUCAAGAUUGGCCUAGGUGAUUAAUGGAGCUGGUAUCCUUAAUUGGCCAUCAGUCUUUGGGUUCUGGGAAAGGUGUGUGGGGUGGAACAGGGAGGAGUUACACCCCAGGGCACCUUGGGAUGCAGCAAUGAGCUCAGAGAAAGAGACCACAGUUACAGGCUGGAGCAGGAGCUGCAAAACAUAGGUGGUUUGAAUUUGUACUGUUGUGACUACACCUUCGUUGCAAGGAAAUGAUGAUCUCCAUCCUCAUCUCUUUUAUCAAACUCUAAACUUAGGAGUCAGAUGGUAUUUAAUUUAAGUGGCCCUCCCUGCCUGUAAUCUAGCCUCACUCUUCUCUACCCCUAUUUAUUAAUCUGUGGUUUCCUGGGCUUCAAAUACAUUAAAAAGGAGUAUCUGUCUCA